AUGCAGACAUACAGGAGCAGGAUGCAUUUGGUGUGCACUUUGGGGCUUUUUCUGACCUUGCUGCAUCUCUCCAACUCGCUGCUGCUUGGAGCCUUUAACAUCAAAUCCUUCGGGGACACCAAAGCCUCCAACACCACUCUGAUGAACAUCAUUACCAAGAUUGUCCAACGCUAUGAUGUCAUUCUGAUCCAAGAGGUCAGAGACAGUGAUCUCUCAGCAACCCAAAAACUCAUGGAGUAUGUCAACAAAGAUUCUCCUCAGUACAAAUACAUCGUCAGUGAGCCUCUCGGUGCGAGCACCUAUAAAGAGCGAUAUCUCUUCCUUUACAGAGAGGCGUUGGUAUCUGUAGCAAAAAGCUACACCUAUGAUGAUGGCCCGGAGGAAACUGGACAAGACACCUUUAGCAGGGAGCCGUUUGUCGUAAUGUUCUCCUCCAAAUACACUGCUGUGAGAGACUUUACUCUGAUCCCCCAGCACACUUCCCCAUCCUUAGCUGUUCGGGAACUAAACGCUCUCUAUGACGUGGUGGCAGAUGUCCGCGCUCGCUGGAACACCAAUGACAUUGUGCUCCUGGGUGACUUCAAUGCAGGUUGUAGUUAUGUGUCCGGGUCUGACUGGCAGCAGAUCCGCAUCUUCACUGACAAGACUUUCCAUUGGCUGAUCACUGAUGCGGCCGACACUACCGUGUCGCAAACUGUCUGCCCUUACGACAGGAUUGUGGUCACUACGGACAUGAUGAGAGGAGUGGUGAAAGAUAGUGCUAAGGUGUAUAACUACAUGACGGACUUGAAUCUCAAACAAGAUCUGGCGUUGGCUGUCAGCGACCACUUCCCUGUGGAGGUGAAGCUGAGUGGUUAG